UCUAAACUCGGUGAACUCGCGCAAAUAAUAAAAUCCAAAGAGAAGAUAAUCACUACGUUCUAAUCUAAAAUCUUGAAUGUAGAUACAAAUAACAACCAAUUUAUUAAAUACAAUUAAUGAAAUCCUAAUAUUCGUUUAAGCAAGUCAAAUCAAUCAACAAUGUCUGGACCAAUACAAGAUGUUAUUGAGGAAGACGCCGCCGAUUUACGGUUUCCGAAAGAGUUCGAAAACGCAGAGACGUUGCUGAUAUCUGAAGUAGACAUGUUACUGGAGCACAGAAAGGCACAGAAUGAGUCGGCCGAGGAGGAACAAGAAUUCUCUGAAGUAUUUAUGAAGACACUAACAUACACUAACAUGUUUAAGAAGUUCAAGAACAAAGAAACUAUUACAGCAGUCAGGAACCUUCUACAAGUAAAAAAGUUACACAAAUUUGAAAUAGCAAGUUUAGCAAACUUGUGCCCGGAGACCCCUGAAGAAGCUAAAGCACUAAUACCAUCACUAGAAGGCCGGAUAGAGGAUGAAGAACUUAGAAUAUUGUUAGAUGACAUACAGACCAAACGCAGUUUACAGUAUUAAGAAAAUAAAAAUGUGUAUAUUUUUA